UCUUCCAAAUCUUGCAAAUUUGAAGAAUUUGUCCGUGGAUUUCGAAGUCAAACCCUCCCUCAAGGUAUGGUGGCUUCUCAACCCAACAAACCAACGAUGAAGGAGGAUGGCGAAGAUGAGAUGGCGGGAUGGUGGGAGAAGGCUGCGAAGAAGCUUAGAGAGGAGGAUGCAGCCAAGCUAAAGAAGAAGAAGGAAGAGGAGCUUGAGAAGGAGAGGAAGCGAAAACAGACUGCGGCAAAUGCGAUGCGCGCUAGGGAGCAAGCGUUGAUGAGGAAAGUUGAGGAGGCACAGAAGAAGCGUCAACAGGAUUUUGAAGAAAGAACCAUGAAGCUUUGGGCAAUUGCAGCUGAAAAAGAAGAGAGGGACAAUCAGAUAUUCAUGGAGAGGGUGGUUAAGGAGGCUCACCUCAUAAGAAAAAGGGAGGAGGAAGAGGAAGAAGAGAGGAAGAAGAAGAAGGGAAAGGGGCCUUGCUCUACGCAAUAGAGCUAUGUCAUCCUCUUCGAUUUGGUUGUGAACUACUAUGUCUCCUCUUCGAUUUGGUUGUGAACUACUAUGUCUCCUCUUCGAUUUGGUUGUGAACUACUAUAUUCCGUGAACUACUAUGUGUCCUCCUCGAUUUGGUUGUAAGAACUACUAUGUGUCGUGAAGUACUAUGUGUUAUGAACUACUAUGUGUCGUGAAGUACUUCGUGCAUAUGUUCUUUUCA